AUGCUGUUUUUGCUUGAUUUGAACAUCUUUAUGCUGGUGAUAUGGGUACUGUUGUUUGCUGAUCUGAUCUUUAUGUUUUGAGUUGUAGGUGAACAAAAUUAAGGAAUUGCCGCAAAAUUCUAAGAUAGUGGCUACUCACACAGACAGCCCUGAUGUUCUCAUUUGGGAUGUUGAAAGUCAACCUAACCGUCACGCUGUCCUUGGAGCUACAAACUCUCGUUCAGAUUUGGUAUGCCUAUUUGAUUAGGCCAUGUGCACUAAUUAUCCAGAACAUUUGUCCACCUAGGAAAGUACAGACCAAUUUGUAACACAGAAUCAAAUCACAUAAUGAAGCUGAUGCAUGUUCCUUUUGUUUAUGAGAAAUUUGUUUGUUUCCCUAAAAACUAGGAUUUAUGAAGUGUGAAUAGGCCAAAUCAUGUUGCAGUUUCAGUAUAUUGAUUUAUUGAAUAAGCUUUUCAGUUAUUGAGGGUGAUUGUAUUGAACGGAUGAGCUGGGUAUAGCAUCUUUGGGGCCAGAAAAGGGUUAACGGUGCUAAAUCUUUGAAAUUGGCGUGGAUUCCUCCACAAUUUGAAUUGUGUGGACCUCCAUCUUUAGUUCCCCCGAAAUAUUGACAGGACACCAAGACAAUGCUGAGUUUGCUCUUGCAAUGUGCCCAGCUGAGCCUUAUGUUCUUUCAGGAGGAAAAGAUAAAACAGUGGUGCUGUGGAGUAUUGAAGACCAUGUAACAUCGGCCGCUACGGACAAGUCUGGUGGAUCUAUUAUCAAGCCGAACCCUAAAUCUGGGGAAGGCAAUGACAAAAUUGUUGAUAGCCCUUCUGUCGGGCCAAGAGGUAUCUACUCUGGGCACGAUGAUACUGUUGAAGAUGUAGCCUUUUGCCCUUCUAGUGAAGUGCGCAGGAGUUCUGUAGUGUUGGAGAUGAUUCUUGUCUCAUUUUAUGGGAUGCACGCGUUGGCUCUAGUCCUGUUGUUAAGGUCGGCAGAUAAUUCUGUUCGCUUGUUUGAUCGGCGCAGUCUCACCUCUAAUGGGGUUGGGUCUCCUAUCCAUAAGUUUGAGGCUCAUAAAGCCGCUGUUCUUUGUGUUCAGUGGUCUCCAGACAAAUCAUCUGUAUUUGGAAGUUCAGCCGAAGAUGGUCUCUUAAACAUUUGGGAUUAUGAGAAGGUUGGUAAAAAGAUAGAGCGAGCUGGGAAAACAAUAAACUCUCCUCCAGGGUUGUUUUUCCAACAUGCUGGUCAUAGAGACAAAGUUGUUGACUUCCACUGGAAUGCAUAUGAUCCAUGGACAAUUGUAAGUGUGUCUGAUGAUUGUGAAAGCACUGGUGGAGGGGGAACAUUGCAGAUAUGGCGUAUGAGUGAUUUGCUCUAUAGACCAGAGGAUGAGGUUUUGGCAGAGUUGGAGAAAUUCAAAUCUCACGUGGUGGCUUGUGCUGCAAAAACCGAUACAUAAUUUACUUCAUAGAUGAAGGGUUGUGUAAUUUUCACUUUUUUAUUUACUUUGUUGUGGAUUCAUCUUUUGCCAUAUUAGAGAACAUAACAUGUAAUUCUUAGCUCAUGUGGCUCCAUUUUCACUGGACAGAACAGAUGUAGGCUGGAUAUUGGAGAAUGAAUAGGCUUAUUUAUAACGUAAGCAAAUGAAUGAGAUUCACUUACCCUAAAA